AUGGCCCCGUGGCUGCAGCUCUGCUCUGUCUUCUUCACGGUCAACGCCUGCCUCAACGGUUCGCAGCUGGCCGUGGCCGCGGGCGGUUCCGGACGCGCUCGGGGCGCCGACACCUGCGGCUGGAGGGGAGUGGGGCCAGCCAGCAGGAGCAGUGGGCUGCACAACAUCACCUUCAGAUAUGACAACUGCACCACUUACUUGAACCUGGUGGGGAAACAUGUGAUUGCCGACGCCCAGAACAUCACCAUCAGUCAGUACGCUUGUCACGACCAGGUGGCUGUCACCAUUCUGUGGUCACCAGGAGCACUUGGCAUUGAAUUCCUAAAAGGAUUCCGAGUAAUACUGGAGGAGCUCAAGUCGGAAGGGAGACAGUGCCAACAACUGAUUCUAAAGGACCCGAAGCAGUUCAACAGCAGCUUCAAAAGAACCGGAAUGGAAUCUCAGCCUUUCCUGAAUAUGAAAUUUGAAACGGAUUACUUUGUAAAGAUUGUCCCUUUCCCUUCCAUUAAAAACGAAAGCAAUUACCACCCCUUCUUCUUCAGGACCCGCGCCUGUGACCUGUUGCUGCAGCCGGACAACCUGGCCUGCAAGCCGUUCUGGAAGCCUCGGAACCUGAACAUCACCCAGCACGGAUCGGACAUGCAGGUGUCCUUCGACCACGCACCUCACAACUUCGGCUUCCGCUUCUUCUACCUUCAUUACAAGCUUAAGCAUGAAGGACCCUUUAAGCGAAAGAUUUGUAGGCAGGAGCGAAAUACAGAUACAACAAGCUGCCUCCUUCAAAAUGUCUCCCCAGGGGAUUAUAUAAUUGAGCUGGUGGAUGAUACUAACACAACAAGGAAAGUGGUGCAUUAUGCUUUAAAGCCAGUGCACUCCCCGUGGGCAGGGCCCAUCCGAGCUGUCGCCAUCACUGUGCCACUGGUCGUCAUAUCAGCAUUUGCCACGCUCUUCACCGUGAUGUGUCGCAAGAAGCAACAAGAAAAUAUAUAUUCACAUUUAGAUGAAGAGAGCUCCGAAUCCUCCACGUAUGCUGCCGCACUGCCCAGAGAGAGGCUCCGGCCUCGGCCCAAAGUCUUCCUCUGCUAUUCCAGUAAGGAUGGCCAGAACCAUGUGAACGUCGUCCAGUGCUUUGCAUAUUUCCUGCAGGACUUCUGUGGCUGUGAGGUGACCCUGGACCUGUGGGAAGACUUCAGCCCGUGCCGAGAAGGGCAGCGGGAGUGGGUCAUCCAGAAGAUCCACGAGUCGCAGUUCAUCAUUGUGGUGUGCUCCAAAGGCAUGAAGUACUUUGUGGACAGGAAGCAGCACAAGCCCAAGGUGGGCGGCCGGGGCGCGGGCCAGGGGGACCUCUUCCUGGUGGCCGUGGCGGCCAUCGCGGAGAAGCUGCGCCAGGCCCAGCAGAGCGCCGCGGGGCUGCGCAAGUUCAUCGCCGUCUACUUCGACUACUCGUGCGAGGGCGACGUGCCGGGCGUGCUGGGCCUGAGCACCAAGUACAAGCUCAUGGACCACCUGCCCCAGCUCUGCUCCCACCUGCACCCCCCGGGGCCCGGGCCGCACCCCGCCGCCAGCCGCCGCAACUACUUCCGGAGCAAGUCGGGCCGCUCGCUCUACGUCGCCAUCUGCAACAUGCACCAGUUCCUGGACGAGGAGCCCGACUGGUUCGAGAGGCAGUGCGCACCGGCCCACCCGGCACCGCCGAGGCCCCGGGAGCCGCCACUGGAGAAGUUUGACUCGGGCUUGGUGUUGAACGACGUGGUGUGCAAGCCGGGGACCGACGGUGCUUCUGGGCUCAAGGCCGGGGCCCCUCUGCCAGGCUCGCGCGCAGGGAGCCAGCACCUCGGCCCGGACGAAGACCCCGAGGCCCGAGCGGCCCCCGACUGUGCCGUCCUGCGGCCCCUGCUGCACGCGGCCAAGGCUGCUGGGCCCUCAGACAUGCCCAGGGACUCAGGCAUCUACGACUCGUCCGUGCCCUCGUCCGAGCUGUCCCUGCCACUGAUGGAAGGGCUCUCGGCGGACCACACAGAAACCUCUUCGCUGACCGAGAGCGUGUCGUCGUCCUCCGGCCUGGGUGAGGAGGAGCCCCCGGCCCUUCCUGCCAAGCUCCUGGCUGCUCAGGCGUGCACAGCAGACCUCAGCUGCCACAGCUACACUGAUGAACUCCAUGCAGUCGCCCCUUUGUAA